UCGGUUGGCGCCCAUGUCUCGUGGCAAUUUUACGACUUUUCCUUUUUCUUCUCUUCCGGUUCCUCCUAUAAAAAUGCCAGAAUCCACAAAGUAUAUACGCUGAAUUUGGAUCUCCAAUUUACCUUCUCAAUCUUGACGAACUCCUUGCUAUUGCAGCGAUUCUUUUUCAUUUUCUUUCCUUUUCCAUUUUCCUUUCUUUCCAUCCAAACAACCCAUGAACACUUCAAUCAUACGAACGGCAUAUCCUCCUAGCCAUACAUCUCGCCCUUGCUCGAGAUUGUGGAUGAAACGUAUUGAUUCUAGCUCCGGAUGCACCGCACUGAAAUUCAAGAGAGAAAACGAGAGUAGGAAGUCCUUGAAAUGCGUGCGAAUCCGUGAUUUUGGAGCGAAGUACUCGUCGGAGUUAAACGGCCGUCGGAACCCCAGCUCAUCGGCGACCGGCGAGUUCGCCGUCGCCGACAGGCUGCAGCUUUUGGUGUCGGAGUUCAAGUCGCUGGCGGAGCCGAUGGAGCGGGUGAAGCGGUUGCUGGACUACGCGGCGCGGCUCCCGCCGUGCGAUGAGUCGGCGAGGUCGCCGGAGAACCGAGUCGCGGGGUGCGCUACUCAGGUGUGGGUGGAGGCGGAGAUGGAGGAGGCGAGCGGGAGAAUGAGGUUCCGAGCCGACAGCGACUCGGAGAUCUCGAAGGGGUUUUGCUCGUGCCUGAUUUGGCUGCUCGACGGCGCCGAGGCGGAGGAGGUUUUGGAGCUGACGGCGGAGGAUUUCGAGCACGUGAAUAUUGGGCUCCACGGGAAGGGUCACUCCAGAGCCAACACGUGGCACAACGUGCUGAUCAGUAUGCAGAGAAAGACCAGAGCUUUGCUUGAGGAGACGAAAGAGAGAAGACGAAAUCCAUCUUUGUCUGAGGAUUGUUUGCUUUCUCUCUCUGCUUCUUUGUCUUUGUGAUAUGGAUUUUGUUUAUUUAUUGGCUUAAAAUUAAGUCAAAAGGAUUAACAUGAGAAGAGUUUGCAAAUUGCAUGUGUUAAUUUGUACUUAAAAGCUUUGAUUUUUUAUAUGGCCAUUAACCUUAAAUUAGAGAUUAUAGAUAUUUGGAUUUACUUGCCUUUUUGUUGUUGUUGUCAAGUUUUGUUUUUUUUUGUCUCUUCAUUGUCGGGGCUAUCUAAAGGUACAGUCUUUAGAAGGAAGAAAGGUUUUCCUUCAUCUCUGUAUGGAUUAGCUACUGCUAAAAAGCUAAUCAUUUCGCCAAGCUUGCACUUGUGCAACUUUCGUUUUUUAGUGCAUUACGGAUGAG